UCCUUGCGUCUCAGUAUGAAUGAGAAAAUCAUAGAAAACAGUCAAGCUUACGAAGUGUAUACUUCUCGAAAAGAACUAGAAAAAAUUCAAAAAGAACUCCGCGAGGAAAUGUUAGUGAAUUCAACAGUAAAAAAGUUGGAGAACGGCAAUUCAUCAGCACAGCAAAUUUCGAUCGAUAUUUCAUCGCUCAAUUUUGAGGACUUCCAGGAUUGCAUUGCCAUCUCCACUGAAAUCGAACACCAAGAGCAGUUAAACAAAUCUCAUCGCCGCCUCAAUAAUCCAACACCAAUGGAAUCCACCAUGACUUAUGAGGAGCUCUAUGAGUGCUCAAUGGAGAGCGACUCCUACGUUCAAGAAGACGAGAAUUUAUUUGGCCUACGCCUAAUUACUGAUCUAAAUGGAUCACAGAGCAUAGAGAAUGUUAUGCAGUAUUUCGAUGAGAACGUCAAUGCAUAUUCGGGAUCAUCGCGCAGUGUGACUCCCACCAAAUCACCUUGUCCGGCCACUGCAGCUGUGCAAGUGUGCGACUCCUUUGGUUCACCGCCUCCACCGUAUCAGGAAUUCGCUUCACCCGAAUCGUGUUGCGAAAAGGCAGAAUCAGAGUUACCCACAAGCAGCACCAAAGAACUGCGAAAAAUAUAUGAACAGCUUGUGGGAUCGAAGGAUCAACGUAAGUCUGCAUCGCCACUAUUGCCAACUACAACAACACCAAAUCAUUCACGCCCCUCAAAGGUUAAGCAAUUGGCACAAAUGUUCAACUCAAGAAUAUCCCAAUUGAUGGGUCAUGGCUCAACUGAGAAAAAAGAUUCUAACUCGUCGAUUGCAUCGCAAAAACCAUCACGGAAACCAGCCGUGAUGAAGCCCGAACCAAAGGUGUGUAGCUCAUUGCCCACCUCUAACCCUAGUUUACCAAGUCCAGUGCCCAGUCCUCGUUUCGAACGAAAGCCCAUAAAAGCUGUACCACCGCAGUCGUCAAGUGACAGUGAAAACGCUUGUAUUUUCCCUGAAGAUGUUUUCUGUCAGCUCUCUGUGAAAGAUAAAGUUUUGCUGUAUAACCAAUUUUUUCAAGACAAAUCGAAUCGGCAAUCAAAGGUCUGUGAAUAUCCAGGCAUGAACCGACGCACUUCACCUACAUCAACACUCGUCGCCACUGUCGCCACCAUACACAGCCUACAAGAGGCGGACAGCGAAGAUUUCGAAUCAGAUGAGGAAGUAAAAGUGGAAGAGUUGCAUACUAACAAGUUGACAGUUGUGCUCAAGCCGAGUCCCGAACGCGGUGGUUGCUUGCCAAAGCAAGCUGCUCUUCCCCACCCACUGCCUCGUAAAGCGAAGUUGGAAAGCGUAGAAUCGCGUGGAAUGCGACGAGGGAGUAUUGGAGGAAAAAAUAUUGAUAAAGCAUUAAAAAUAAUUAAUGAUACCCGUGAACAGCACGACACUAACAAAGGUGUAAUUGAAGUUGAAUUGCCAAUUAGCCAACUAGACACUUCCGUCGAUGAAGAAAUACCAGAGGCUCCCUCCAAUCGAGUCCAACGCAAGGUGAAACGUCAGGCACCACAACCACCCAAGGCAAUUAAUGAGACCCCAGCACAGCAAGACACUAACAAAGGUGUAAUUGAGGUUGAUUUGCCAAUGGGCCAAGUAGGCACUUCUGUCGAUGAAAAAAUACCAGAGGCUCCCUCCAAUCGAGUCCAAAGGAAGUUGAAGCGCCCGGCACCGCAACCACCAACGACAAUCAAUGAGACCCCAACACAGCAAGACACUAACGAAGGUGUAACUGAGGUUGAUUUGCCAAUUGGCCAAGUAGGCACUUCCAUCGAAGAAAAACUACCACAGCAACCCUCCAAACGAGGCCAACGCAAGGUGAAGCGUCAGGCACCACAACCACCCACGACAAUCAAACGGAAACAACCAGACACUAACGAAGGUGUAGAGAUUGAAUUGCCGAAUAACAUAACGGACGCGCCUACCGAUCACAUAAUAAUACAAAUUGAUGAAGCCGUAAAUGCGCAGCGCCUCACAAUAGCGCCGACAACUGAUGGGCCACAAUCACAGGAGCAGGAUUUGCCUUCCGUGACAUCUUACAACCAAAAUUCUGAAGCGGAUUAUGAAUCGGCAUCGUCGAGCUCAUCAAAGUUUGAUCAGCCACAGACCGAACAAACCGCGUCUCAAGAAAAUAAAACACUAGGAACUGAAUUGAAUGAACUUAGCAACCAGUUACCCAAAAAGAGGUUGCGUCGCCCACUCACCUGGAGCAACGAUAAUUGUAUUAUCAAAAGCCAACCCAUUCCCCCAUCCACUGACCCGUAUGAAGUAAUCAACGCCAACAAUGGUCAGGAUACUAAAAAAUCUUUAAUAGCGAAUCAAAAGAUUUACGAUGAUAUCAACCAAAUGGCUAAGUAUGCCCAAAAAGCUUUCAAGGUGGUGCAACAAAAAGCAAAUAUGGACGAAAGCAUCUUAAAUAAUAUGAAUUCCACGGAAAGUAUUAAAGGUGGGUAUCAGCUCACGGCCCUGUCAACGCCCUCAACCACUCCUUAUACCGGAAGUCCAUCACCAAGUACGCCUGAAGUGGUAGGCAAAAGUGGCAUGGGCCAAACAUUUUUACCCUCUCCAUCAAACGAACCAGAACAGAUGAAAACAAAGUCAACUCCGCUCAAGUUGCGCAAUUUAAAAAUAAAAGAAAUGAAGCAACCGUCCAAGGAAAUAACAUCACCAGAAGGCACAUUACAGAGCACUAUAGAUAGCUUCAUUGAUCAUGGCUUUGAGACGGGUUCAAAUGAUAGGGAAAGUCCUCAUCGUGCCGAUGAAAAGCUUUUCGUCAAAUUAACACCCGAAGUGGAUAAAAGUAGGCGACAAAACCCCGUUACCUUUUCGUCAACACCGGCAAAGGGCUUGCAAAACCAACCACGGCAAAUCUUCAGCAACAAUACCACCCAUAGGUUACGACGACAAUCUAUUAGUCCUAUAUGUCCCGUUAACGGAGGACCCCCCCAACGCUUAUGGCAUACUAAGAACUCACGUUACUAUUCGCCAGCUAUGCCAGUUAUUUGGAAUGAUCGUCCAUGGGAGCCAGCCGAACUUUGGAAAGCACCAUACUCGCGGAGUAGCACUGAAAGUGGCUUCCUUGGUACUACUUCCAACUCAAACAUGACCAACAACACUGAGCGGCAAGAGAAAUCUUCGAUGUUUUGGGUGCGCGCUGUGAAUACUACAAUUUCACUGGAAAUCUUCUACAACCCAUCAACUCGCCUAAACCUACUACAUCAAAUAUUCAGCCAAAAAAGUUGUGAGAAUCGCGAUUUGAACUUUGGCAUCGAUGAUUAUAAAUUCUCCAUACGUAAAUCAAUCGAAAAAACAAACAUCUCAACACGCCUAACCCCAGUCAAAGGCUGUUCACAUUAUUGGUUCUCCACCGGUGAUUUCGCUAUGCCAUUCAGGGGUAAACGUCUGGGAUCUAGGAAGAUUCGACGUUUUUUCAAUUUCAUAAAAGAUUUGAUGACAGCUAAUACGCAGCUAAGCUUUGGAGUUGAUGACUAUGAAUUUUCUAGGAUGCCUGAAUACCAAGACAGAUUUUCAAUACGUGAAUACAGCAUGACUUACGCCCUAUAUGAUGACUAUAAUGGAAUGGAGAAAUGUAAUAGUGCUAAUUGGCCCGUUCCACCGUAUGUCACGGCUGAUUUGAGCAGUUCAAAAGCACACAACCUAAGUUUCUCCGAAAAUGAUUCAAAAAUAGAUCCGCAAAAUACACACCAAAUGUCGGAUUCGUCCUGCGGUACCAAAUAUUACGAUGUGGCCUCAGAGAACAGUCGGGAUAUGGCUUUGUCUCGCACCAGCAAGGAGACUGCAAAUGAUAGUUUCCACGAAAAAUUUGAUUUUGAAAAAUUCUUCGCAGACGAUGCAGAAAGUUUAGAUGCCAAGAUGGACGAGACGCAUCUCAAACUAAUGAUAUCAGAAAUUAUAAAAAAACUACAGAAAUUAAGUAUUGAUUUGGAAAACCAAUUUGGAUUUGAAAAAACGCAUGCAAAUAUGAUCGCAUAACUCGGGCAGCGCUAGAGCGCUCACACCUCACUCGAAAGAAUCAGCAGUGCCAUCAACAGUCUUGGAAGUGAAAACUAAUGAGCUAAAAGCUGAAAAAGCCUCAAAUAUCGAUGCGAAAUUUCUUGCAGAAAUCUUAAAUCUUAUACUUUUCCUAUUACUAUUAAUUUAUUACUUCUCAUUUGGAAAGGUGUAAACAUUCAUUAUAAAAAAAAUAUAUAUAAAAAAUCUGCCUUUCAAAGGUGCAAAGC